CUCGCGUGUGCAAUAGAGAGGUGUUAUAUAUCGAUAGGUGUUGACACGCUAAAGCAGUUACGAAUCGCGAGAACCAUGUCGAGCGCAUCGCAAAUGGCCAGCGGGCUAAGCAAGCUGAAAAAGAAACACUUUCGUGUGAAGCAUCAAAAGGUUAAGCUUUUCCGCGCGAACGAACCAUUCCUCAGUGUUUUCAUGUGGGGUGUCAAUCACACGAUAAAUGAACUUAGUCAUGUUAAUAUACCGGUAAUGCUCCUGCCAGAUGAUUUCAGAGCUUACAGCAAAUUGAAAGUUGAUAAUCAUCUUUUCAACAAAGAGAAUAUGCCCUCACACUUUAAAAUCAAAGAGUAUUGUCCAUUAGUAUUCAGAAAUCUAAGGGAAAGAUUUGGUAUAGAUGAUUUGGACUAUAAGGAAUCGAUGACAAGAUGUCGGACAUUUAAUCCUUCGCGAACAGAGAGGCAUGUGGAUUUGACUGGGAAGGCUCAUGAAUUGGUUCAGCGCUCUGCUACUGCUCCUUCGAUAACCCUUUCUCCUCCAACUCCUAUUUUUUCACAAAUUCCAGUCCUAAAUAAGCCACUACGUUCCUACAGUUUUAAACCAAAACGUCUGAGAUCACAGCCAAUGUUGGACGACACUUCUGGGAAAAGUGGCGCAAAGUUUUACCAGUCCUAUGAUAAAUUGUUUAUUAUAAAAACUCUGACAAGUGAAGAAGUAGAAAGGAUGCAUUCGUUUCUGAAACAUUAUCAUCCGUAUAUUGUGGAAAGGCAUGGGAAAACAUUGUUACCCCAAUAUCUCGGCAUGUAUCGUUUGACAGUCGAUGGAGUUGAACAUUAUGUUGUCGCCAUAAGAAAUGUAUUCUCAAAUCACUUAACAACCCACAAGAAAUUUGACUUGAAAGGUUCAACCGUCGAUCGCGAAGCAUCUGACAAAGAGAAAGAGAAAGAUCUGCCAACUUAUAAGGACAACGAUUUCGUCAAAGAGGGAAUGAAAAUUUAUAUUGGCGAAGAUGCGAAAGGCAAACUUAUAGAGACAUUAACGGCUGAUGUCGAUUUCCUAACAAGAUUGCACUUAAUGGAUUAUUCUCUGCUACUCGGUUUGCACGAUUGUGCAAGAGCUGAACAAGAGAAUAGGGAGCGUGCCGAGAGGGAGGAAGAGGAAGAAAAUCAUGAAGACGAAGAGGAUAGUGAGUCUGGAAGUGGAUUGGAUUCUCGGGGUCCAAUGGGAGACCGUUUAUGGGGAUGGUGUGGUGUUACUGGUAUGGCAACACCACCUGAAUCACCUCAUGCUCCAUUAAAUCGUGACACCAGUUUACAAUACGAAGAUGCAAUAAUUCCUGAAUUAGAUAUUUAUGCAAUUCCUAGUAAAGAAGGUGCGCCUACAAAGGAAAUCUAUUUUUUAGCUAUAAUAGAUGUACUGACACAUUACGGUGUCCGUAAACAAGCAGCGAAGGCAGCUAAGACAGUGAAAUAUGGUGCUAACGUCGAUGGUAUUUCAACCUGUGAUCCAGAACAGUAUGGCAAGCGAUUUAUAGAGUUCAUGAGCAAAGCUAUAGAAUAAGCUCGUUGUUCGUUGUUGCUAUGCUUGUAAAUUUGGACCGUUCGUUUCAAAGUCGCGACGAUACGCGUCGCUUUUACUACACGUUCUCGCGUUCACGAAUAAGGGGCGGGGGGAAAGGUUAAAUGCAUCGAAUAAUUUGUUCUUUGCACGUUGGUAUUUGACCGCAAUGAUGUGUUUUCACACGGUGUGUCAAUGAUGUCGUUACCGUCGAAUUGUCUCAGUAUUCCUUAUGACAUUCACAAUGGAAUUAGAAACGUAACAAGUGAAUUUCACGGGCUUGUAUGAUCUAAAGGAGACCUUUCAGUAAUUUUUUGUCGGGGAAUGUUUGUUACCUUUUAUAUAAGCAGUGACACAUAUUUUCUCAGUAUUUCUUUACAACUUUUUCCACAGUCAGACUCGUUGAACGUCAUGGUUUUU